CUGCACAUUCUCUCCUGGCGGCGGCGCCACCUGCAGCAGCGUUCGCCCGAACAUGGCGACACGGAGCAGCAGGAGGGAGUCGCGACUCCCGUUCCUAUUCACCCUGGUCGCGCUGCUGCCGCCCGGGGCUCUGUGCGAGGUGUGGACGCAGACGCUGCCCGGCGGCCGCGCGCCCCUGCCCCAGGACCGGGGCUUCCGCGUGGUGCAGGGCGAGCCGCGCGAGCUGCGGCUGUGGGCGCGCGGGGGGCCCCGGGGGGCGGACGAGAAGCCGCUCCGGAGGAGACGGAGCGCUGCCCUGCAGCCGGAGCCCAUCAAGGUGUACGGACAGGUUAGUCUGAAUGAUUCCCACAACCAGAUGGUGGUGCACUGGGCCGGGGAGAAGAGCAACGUGAUCGUGGCAUUGGCCCGGGACAGCCUGGCCCUGGCCAGGCCCAGGAGCAGUGAUGUGUACGUGUCUUACGACUACGGGAAAUCGUUCAAGAGAAUUUCCGAGAAACUGAGCUUCGGCGUGGGAAACAACAGUGAGGCGGUGAUUGCCCAGUUCUACCACAGCCCCGCGGACAACAAGCGCUACAUCUUCGCAGAUGCUUACGCCCAGUACCUCUGGAUCACGUUUGACUUCUGCAACACUAUCCAAGGCUUUUCCAUCCCGUUCCGGGCAGCCGAUCUCCUCCUGCACAGCAAGGCCUCCAACCUUCUCCUGGGCUUUGACAGGUCUCACCCCAACAAGCAGCUGUGGAAGUCAGACGAUUUUGGCCAGACCUGGAUCCUGAUUCAGGAACAUGUGAAGUCCUUUUCUUGGGGUAUCGAUCCCUAUGACAAGCCAAACACCAUCUACGUGGAACGGCACGAACCCUCUGGCUACUCCACGGUUUUCCGAAGUACGGACUUCUUCCAGUCCCGAGAGAACCAGGAAGUGAUCCUGGAGGAAGUGAAGGACUUUCAGAUUCGGGACAAGUACAUGUUUGCUACAAAGGUAGUGCAUCUCUGGGGCAGUCUGCAGCCAUCUUCGGUCCAGCUCUGGGUCUCUUUUGGCAGGAAGCCUAUGCGACCAGCCCAGUUUGUCACAAGGCAUCCUAUUAACGAAUAUUACAUCGCAGAUGCCUCUGAGGACCAGGUGUUUGUAUGCGUCAGUCACAGCAACAACCGCACCAAUUUAUACAUCUCCGAGGCAGAGGGCCUGAAGUUCUCCCUGUCCCUGGAGAACGUGCUCUACUACAGCCCAGGAGGGGCUGGUGGUGACACGCUGGUGAGGUAUUUUGCAAAUGAGCCGUUUGCCGACUUCCACCGCGUGGAAGGGUUGCAAGGAGUCUACAUCGCUACUCUGAUUAACGGUUCCAUGAAUGAAGAGAACAUGAGAUCAGUCAUCACCUUUGACAAAGGGGGUACCUGGGAGUUCCUUCAGGCUCCAGCCUUCACAGAAUAUGGAGAAAAAAUCAACUGUGAGCUCACCCAGGGCUGUUCCCUGCACCUGGCCCAGCGGCUCAGUCAGCUGCUCAACCUCCAGCUCCGAAGGAUGCCCAUCCUGUCCAAGGAGUCCGCUCCUGGUCUCAUCAUCGCCACCGGUUCGGUGGGAAAGAACUUGGCCAGCAAGACGAACGUGUACAUUUCUAGCAGCGCGGGAGCCCGGUGGCGAGAGGCACUUCCUGGACCUCACUACUAUACUUGGGGAGAUCAUGGCGGCAUCAUCAUGGCCAUCGCCCAGGGCAUGGAAACCAAUGAGCUGAAAUACAGCACCAACGAAGGGGAGACCUGGAAAACGUUCAUCUUCUCCGAGAGGCCGGUGUUCGUGUACGGGCUCCUCACGGAACCCGGAGAGAAGAGCACCGUCUUCACCAUCUUCGGCUCCAACAAGGAGAACGUCCACAGCUGGCUGAUCCUCCAGGUCAAUGCCACGGAUGCCUUGGGGGUUCCCUGCACAGAGAACGACUACAAGCUCUGGUCGCCAUCGGAUGAGCGGGGCAACGAGUGUUUGCUAGGACACAAGACGGUUUUUAAGCGGAGGACUCCCCACGCCACAUGCUUUAACGGAGAAGACUUCGACCGGCCCGUGGUCGUGUCCAACUGCUCUUGCACACGAGAGGACUAUGAAUGUGACUUCGGCUUCAAGAUGAGUGAAGAUUUGUCCUUAGAGGUGUGUGUUCCGGAUCCAGAGUUUUCUGGGAAGUCCUACUCUCCUCCCGUGCCUUGUCCUGUGGGAUCUACUUACAGGAGAACAAGAGGCUAUCGGAAGAUUUCUGGGGACACUUGUAGUGGAGGAGACGUUGAAACACGACUGGAAGGAGAACUGGUCCCGUGUCCCUUGGCAGAGGAGAACGAGUUUAUCCUGUAUGCCAUGCGGAAGUCCAUCCACCGCUAUGACCUGGCCUCGGGAGUCACAGAGCAGUUGCCUCUCACCGGGCUGCGGGCCGCAGUGGCCCUGGACUUCGACUACGAGCGCAACUGCUUAUACUGGUCCGACCUAGCCUUGGACACCAUCCAGCGCCUCUGUUUGAACGGGAGCACAGGGCAAGAGGUGAUCAUCAAUUCUGGCCUGGAAACCGUAGAAGCCUUGGCUUUUGAACCCCUCAGCCAGUUACUUUAUUGGGUGGACUCUGGCUUUAAAAAGAUCGAGGUAGCCAAUCCAGACGGUGACUUCCGGCUCACGAUCGUCAAUGCCUCCGUGCUCGACCGGCCCAGGGCUCUUGUCCUCCUGCCCCAAGACGGGGUGAUGUUCUGGACCGACUGGGGAGACCUGAAGCCGGGAAUUUAUCGGAGCAACAUGGACGGCUCGUCUGUCCAUCGUCUCGUGUCAGAGGAUGUGAAGUGGCCCAAUGGCAUCUCUGUGGAUGACCAGUGGGUCUACUGGACAGACGCCUACCUGGACUGCAUCGAGCGGAUCACUUUUGACGGCCAGCAGCGCUCCAUCAUCCUGGACAACCUCCCGCACCCCUACGCCAUUGCCGUCUUUAAGAACGAGAUCUACUGGGAUGACUGGUCGCAGCUCAGCAUCUUCCGAGCUUCCAAAUACAGCGGCUCCCAGAUGGCGGUUCUCGCGAGUCAGCUCACGGGGCUGAUGGACAUGAAGAUUUUCUACAAGGGCAAGACCACUGGAAGCAAUGCUUGCGUGUCCAGGCCGUGCAGCCUGCUGUGCCUGCCCAAGGCCAACAAUAGUAAAAGCUGCCGGUGUCCGGAGGGCGUGGCCAGCAGCGUCCUCCCAUCCGGGGACCUGAUGUGUGAGUGCCCUCAAGGCUACCAGCGGGAGAACGACACCUGCCUCAAGGAAGAGAACACCUGUCUCCGGAACCAGUAUCGCUGCAGCAACGGGAACUGUAUCAACAGCAUUUGGUGGUGUGACUUUGACAAUGACUGCGGGGACAUGAGCGAUGAGAGAAACUGCCCGACGACCGUCUGUGAUCUGGACACCCAGUUCCGCUGCCAGGAGUCUGGGACCUGCAUCCCACUCUCCUACAAAUGUGACCUUGAGGACGACUGUGGCGACAACAGUGAUGAAAGUCACUGUGAAAUGCACCAGUGCCGGAGCGACGAGUACAGCUGCAGCUCUGGGAUGUGCAUCCGCUCGUCCUGGGUGUGCGAUGGGGACAACGACUGCAGGGACUGGUCCGACGAAGCCAACUGUACCGCCAUCUAUCACACCUGCGAGGCCUCCAACUUCCAGUGCCACAACGGACACUGUAUCCCCCAGCGGUGGGCGUGCGACGGUGACACGGAUUGCCAGGAUGGUUCCGAUGAGGACCCAGUGAACUGUGAGAAGAAGUGCAAUGGAUUCCGCUGCCCGAAUGGCACGUGCAUCCCGUCCAGCAAGCACUGCGACGGCCUGCGGGAUUGCUCGGAUGGCGCGGACGAGCAGCACUGCGAGCCCCUGUGCACGCGCUUCAUGGACUUCGUGUGCAAAAACCGCCAGCAAUGCCUGUUCCACUCCAUGGUGUGUGAUGGGAUCGUCCAGUGCCGCGACGGCUCCGAUGAGGACGCGGCGUUCGCAGGAUGCUCCCAAGACCCCGAGUUCCACAAGGUCUGUGAUGAGUUCAGUUUCCAAUGCCAGAAUGGAGUGUGCAUUAGCUUGAUUUGGAAAUGCGACGGCAUGGAUGACUGCGGUGACUACUCCGACGAAGCCAGCUGCGAAAACCCCACAGAAGCCCCGAACUGCUCCCGCUACUUCCAGUUCCAGUGUGAGAAUGGCCACUGCAUCCCCAACAGGUGGAAAUGUGACAGGGAGAACGACUGUGGCGACUGGUCUGAUGAGAGGGACUGCGGAGAUUCACAUAUUUUUCCGUCGCCCACUCCCGGGCCCUCCACGUGUCUCCCCAAUUACUACCGCUGCAGCAGCGGGGCGUGCGUGAUGGACAGCUGGGUGUGCGAUGGGUACCGGGAUUGCGCAGACGGCUCGGAUGAGGAAGGCUGCCCCUCGCCUGCAAAUGUCACGGCUGCCUCUGUUCCCACUCACCAUGGGCACUGUGACCGAUUUGAAUUCGAGUGUCGCCAACCAAAGAAGUGUAUCCCAAACUGGAAACGCUGUGACGGCCACCAAGAUUGCCAAGAUGGCCAGGACGAGGCCAACUGUCCCACACACAGCACCCUGACCUGCACGAGCAGGGAGUUCAAGUGUGAGGACGGCGAGGCGUGCAUCGUGCUCUCCGAGCGCUGUGAUGGCUUCCUGGACUGCUCGGACGAGAGCGACGAGCGGGCCUGCAGCGACGAACUAACUGUAUACAAAGUACAGAAUCUUCAGUGGACGGCUGACUUCUCUGGGGAUGUAACAUUGACCUGGACGCGGCCCAAGAAAAUGCCUUCUGCUGCUUGUGUAUAUAACGUCUACUACAGGAUGGUUGGAGAGGGCAUCUGGAAGACCGUGGAGACGCACAGCAAUAAAACCAACACCAUAUUAAAAGUCUUGAAACCAGACACCACGUAUCAGGUCAAAGUGCAGGUCCAGUGCCUCAGCAAAGUACAUAACACCAACGACUUUGUGACUCUGCGGACGCCAGAAGGACUGCCAGACGCCCCGCAAAAUCUCCAGCUGUCACUCCACAGGGAAGAGGAAGGCGUGAUUGUGGCCAACUGGAUUCCUCCCACCCACUCCCAUGGCCUCAUUCGAGAGUACAUUGUGGAAUACAGCAGGAGUGGUUCCAAGAUGUGGGCCUCCCAGAGGGCUGCUAGUAACUUUACGGAAAUAAAGAAUUUACAGGUCAACGCUCCAUACACCGUCAGAGUGGCUGCGGUGACGAGCCGUGGAGUAGGAAACUGGAGCGGUUCUAAAUCCAUCACCACCGUCAAAGGCAAAGUGAUCCCACCACCAGAUAUCCACAUCGACAGCUAUGGUGAGAAUUUUCUGAGCUUCACCCUGACCAUGGAGAGUGACAUCAAGGUGAAUGGCUAUGUGGUGAACCUUUUCUGGGCAUUUGACACCCACAAACAAGAGAAGAAAACUUUGAACUUCCGGGGGAGCAUCUUAUCACACAAAGUUGCCAAUCUGACUGCUCAUACGUCCUAUGAGAUUUCUGCCUGGGCCAAGACUGAUUUAGGGGAUAGCCCUCUGGCAUUCGAGCAUGUUACGACCAAAGGAGUCCGCCCACCCGCUCCUAGCCUCAAAGCCAAGGCCAUCAAUCAGACUGCAGUGGAAUGCACCUGGACUGGCCCCAGGAAUGUGGUUUACGGCAUUUUCUAUGCUACGUCCUUCCUUGACCUGUAUCGCAGUCCGCAGAGCCUGACUACUUCCCUGCACAACAAAACAGUCAUCGUCAGUAGGGACGAGCAGUAUUUGUUUCUGGUGCGGGUGGUGGUGCCCUACCAAGGGCCAUCUUCCGACUACGUCGUGGUCAAGAUGAUCCCAGACAGCAGGCUCCCACCGCGUCACCUGCAUGUGGUUCAUACCGGCAAAACCUCGGCUGUCAUCAAGUGGGAAUCCCCAUAUGAUUCUCCUGACCAGGACCUGUUAUAUGCAGUUGCUGUCAAAGAUCUAAUAAGAAAGAGUGACAGAAGCUACAAAAUAAAGUCCCAUAACAGUACUGUGGAAUACACCCUUACCAAGUUGGAGCCUGGAGGGAAAUACCACAUCAUCGUCCAGCUGGGGAACAUGAGCAAAGAGUCCAGUAUAAAAAUCACCACAGUUUCAUUAUCUGCACCUGAUGCCUUAAAAAUCAUAACAGAAAAUGACCACGUUCUUCUGUUUUGGAAAAGUCUUGCUUUGAAGGAAAAGCAUUUUAAUGAAAGCAGGGGCUAUGAGAUACAUAUGUUUGAUAGUGCCAUGAAUAUCUCAGCUUACCUUGGGAAUACUACUGACAAUUUCUUUAAAAUUUCCAACCUGAAACUGGGUCAUAAUUACACUUUCACUGUGCAAGCAAGAUGCCUUUUUGGCAGCCAGAUUUGUGGGGAGCCUGCUGUCCUGCUGUACGACGAGCUGGGGUCCGCAGGUGGGGGCGCGUCGGCGUCUCAGGCCGCCAGAUCCACUGACGUUGCCGCCGUGGCGGUGCCCAUCUUGUUCCUGGUCCUGCUGAGCCUGGGCGUGGGCUUUGCCGUCCUGUACACGAAGCACAGGAGGCUGCAGAGCAGCUUCACCGCCUUCGCCAACAGCCACUACAGCUCCAGGCUGGGCUCGGCCAUCUUCUCCUCGGGGGACGACCUGGGGGAGGACGAUGAAGAUGCCCCUAUGAUAACAGGAUUUUCAGACGACGUCCCCAUGGUGAUAGCCUGAAAGCUCUCCUCACUAGAAACCAAAUGGUGUAAAUAUUUUAUUUGAUAAAGAUAGUUGAUGGUUUAUUUUAAAAGAUGCACUUUGAGUUGCAAUACGUUAUUUUUAUAUCGGCCAAAAACAAAAACAAAAAAGGAAAGAAAGGAAUGAAUAAACUUUCUAGUAAUCAGCUGUGAACUUCAAACCAGGUUGAUUUUAGUAACCAAAUUGCUCUGAUUUCAUAUUAAUGUAGUCUUACAGGGCUGUGCUUGCUGGGCAUGCUUUUAAGUCUGUGAGAUAAUUUUGAGUCAAUAAAUUGGCCGUUCUUUUUAUUUUUCUAAGACACAGAAAUGUAUUUAAUAAAAACGUUGAGAGAGGGUGAUGGGUGGCAUCUCUCCCACCCCCUCCCCUCCCCCCGCCAUUGAAAGUGUGCUCAAAUUUUAAAUUUUGUUUGGAUUUUGUUUAUAGGAAAGAGUUUGUGUGUAUAGUGGGGAAAGGUUCUUUUCUGUACUUUUGUUAAUUUAUUCGGACUCUAUAUAAGGCAAGGCUUUCGUGGUCGUCGACUCCGCACGUUAUGAGGGGUUGUAGGGUCGAGGGGUGGGGAACAGAAGCAGUUUUGUUGCCAUUCCGGAAACAGUCCGUUUUUAUUCACUUGUGUGUCAUGUAAUGGUAUCGGGCAGGAGAGCACAUUGAAUCAUUGCUCGGUUUCAGUUAGACAGAGCUGUGGCUCCGAGAGCCCUGCAAGCAACGGCUUCUUCUCUUACGUUCACCGCUGGAAUCUUACCGUCUACGCCUCUGCACAAGACGUAGCUCUCCACGCUGCAAGCUGAGAACACUGCUUUAUUAUACACUGGUGUUGUGGUCAUUGCAACAAAUGACUGCUCGUGGGAGAGUGCUAGGUCUGGGCCAUGAGAGAUACACUGGUAGAUAAGAGUACCUAAUUUGUCCUUUGCUGAUAUCUUGUUUUUCCUUACCACUGAAGAAUCUGGAAUGUAAAGUGUU